AUGUUAUCUAUUAAACAAGCGCGAGAGCCCGCAACUGGGGGGCAGAGUUCACAGGGGGUAGAGUUAUUGAGUCAAGCCUUGGACAGCCUAGAUGUGAGUGAUGAAGAGAGAAUUAAGAAGCUAGAAGCAGCAGAGCACACUGAGACUUUGUAUCUAUUCUGCGAUAAUGAAGAAAGGACUGUAAAGAUUUCAUCAGUGUUAGCAAUCGAAGAAAAAAACAUGUUAGUUUGGUGUCUGAAGGUGAACUCAGACGUUUUUGCCUGGUUAGCAAUAGAUAUGCUUGGGGUAGAUCUCCAGGAGGUAGCUAAACUGUUAUCAGCGGGUUUUAUCAGGGAAGUUGAGUAUCCAGAUUGGGUCUCGAAUGUGAUUAUGGUGAAAAAAGCAAACGUCAAGUGGAGAAUGUGUCACAAGUUCAUGAGCUUCAUGGAUGCCUUUUUAGGUUAUAACCAGAUUUUGUUGGAUCAUGAUGACCAGGAAAAAAAGCUUUCAUCACCAAGGAAUGACUUUUUUUCUAUCAAGUCAUGCCUUUUGGUCUCAAGAACGCGUGAGCAACCUAUCAGAGAAAGGGGAAUAAAGGUGAACUCGGAGAAGAUCCAUGCUAUCUUGGAAAUGCCUCUUCCGCGAACAGCCUUGAGAACCUCUUUUUCAUGGACUAAGGAGUGUCAGAUAGCCUUUGAAGAACUGAAGUUGUACCUUACCUCCCCACCGCUUUUGAAGUCACCGCGGGUGAAAGAAACCCUUUAUUUGUAUUUGGCUACCUCGAAUGAGACAAUUGCAGUAUUACUGGUUAGAGCAGAGGAUGUUCACCGAUUUCCAGUGUACUAUAUCAGCAAGCUUGCAAAUUACGUCGCUACCUCAGGAAGGGUAACAAAAUGGAGCAUUGAAUUGGCAAAAUUUGGAGUGGAGUUCGCCCCGAGAACAACAAUAAAGGGCCAGUAUGAAUUAUCUUUUGGGUUUCAAAAAUCCAACAACAUUGUUGAGUAUGAAGCUUUGAUACCAGAACUGCAGCUAGCAUGCCAACUAAGAGUGAAUGAUUUAGUCAUCCAUAUAGAUUCACAAUUGGUGGCAAAACAAAUGAAUGGUGAGUACGAGAUAAAGGAUGCAGUAUUGAAGAAAUAUCAUUCAGUUGCAACUCAAUUGCUCAUAGGAUUUGAUAAAGUCCAGACAAAGCAACUUCCAAGGAGUGACAACACGUGUACAGAUGCUUUAUCCAAACUAACAUCCUCUGUUGUUAUUGAGCAAAGAGGAAAAGUCCUGCUUGAGUAUAGUGAUACCCCGAGUUAUAACGUGCCACAAGUUCUGUGCAUAGACCAGGAGGAGACAUGGAUGACUCCCAUAGUUUGUACACUCCCGGGCACAUAUGACAAGCUGGAUAAGAAAAAGAUCGCAAAGCUACAACACAAGGAUGUGAGGUAUACCCUUUUAGAGGGUGUAUUCUAUAUAAAGGGGUUUUCGCAUCGGCUGUUGCAAUGUUUAUCACCAUUUGAGGCUGAGUAUAUGAUGUGA